AAUCCAUCCGUCAAUCAAACAUCCAUUCCAUAUACAAAAUUUACUUGAUCGUUUUCGAGAAAGAAAGUACGAAAUUCCCAAUUAUUAUAUUUACAAGUGAAAGUGCCCGUCAGAAGUAUUACAAUAAAAUGAAAACUGGAUUACAGACGGGGAUCGUCGUUGGCUCCAAGACGCGGGUUCGUUGCAUCUACUGCGAUGUGUUUAUACCAAAGGCAAACAAAUGUAUCGAGCAGCAUACUAACGGCGUAAAACAUAAAGAGAAUAUCGAGCUAAUGUCCGAGAACGGUAUAAGCCUAACAAACGAAGUGUUGCACUGUAAACCUUGCCAGGUGAAUCUUACUGAGGGGGAAUCGGUGUCAAAACAUAUAGAUGGAGAUUCGCAUGCGAAUUGGAUGGCCGCUAUAGAAGACCUCGUGGACGGUGAGUUUAUCAAUAUAGACGACUAUUUAUCGUGCGACAGAGAUGAUGUAACAUGCGAAGUUUGCGAUAUAACGUUAAGUUGUACUCUGGAGAGUAUACAGGAUCAUGUGAACUCCUUCAAUCACAGAGCCAAAACUGUGGACAGGCUUAAACCGCUCAAUGGUAUAUUUCGAGUUGAUAAUGACGCCGAAGUGUGGUGCAAAAUAUGUGAUGCAUACAUUGAUAACACAGUGCAAGGCAUCCUGGAUCACAUUGAUGAUAACGAGAGUCACAUGCAGUGGUUCACAGACAUCGAAGACUUGAUUGAAGACCAGGACAUUUCUAUAGAGGACUAUCUUGCUAACGAACAUGAAAUGAACGCAUUUUGUAAUAAAUGCAAUGUCCAUAUUCCAUGCACUGUUAAUAAGAUUGAAGAACAUGUGUACAGUGAAUCUCAUCUUAAUCAAUUCAGUUAAUCUAAAGUGUGUCUCACAGUUAUAUUUGAAAACUAAGCUGAAUAGCCUUUUUCAACUCUGCUUUUCUAAACUCUCAGCAGUAUAAUGCCAUUUUGCUCUAUCAAGUCAGCAACACACUAUGCCAUAACUGUUUUUCCCUCAAUAUUGCAAACAGAUAAGAUUGGGCCAUAUUUGUGCAAACACAACAGCAAAAUGUGCAGCAAGCAUUAUCCUCUAGUCACACAAAGGACUAUAAAAAGGUCCUAUUUCAUUAUAAUUAAAAUAUUUAUUCUUCUUCUUCAGUCGGUCCCUCAAUACUGAGGAUCGUGACAUCAUAUCCUUCUGUUGAAGACCAGGUUCCUCCAUAGGGUUCUAUUCCCCGCCAAAAUAUUUAUUAAGACAAAUCAAAAUAGCAUUUGUCUUGCCAUGAUUUGAUGUCUGGGUGGCUAGAGGUAACUUGAGCUAGACUAACUUAAAAUAUCUAGACAAGCUAACUUUCUCAGGUGUACAUACAUAUAUAUGCUACAGUGGCUUUUAUAAAUCAGUAUAGCUCAAUUAAAUAUAAUUGUUAACUGCCUACAAAAAGUAUACAUACUGUUUUGAUAUUAAUUAAAGCAAGGGUAUUUUUUGUGUCAAGCCCUUGGUCCAAAAAUGGUAUUUUAUGCCCACUCUUGUUUAUUGAACAGGCCUUUUGUGCCCACCUUGCCAUUUUGCACCACCCAAAGACCCCACAGGUUAUUUAUAUUUAACUCUAACUAUGAAAAUUCAAUUAACUUCAUAUUGGUCUCCUAAGCAUAAUUAGUAAUUAAGAAUAUUCAGCUUUCAUUUUAUUGAGCCUCACUGAGUCUGUGAAAAAAGAAUUUUAUGAUCUAAACAUUAUUGUUAAUAGUAACAGAUUUCCUAUAUACCUACAACAAUCUCAAAUAUUAAAGAACGAACUGAGCAUAGUCACAACCCAGAAUUGUUUAUUCUGCAAAUUUUGGGGAAGUUAACACGUUGGCUGUUCACCAUACUACACCUAUAGUAUUGCUCCAAUGCCCAAUAAUAAUUUAAGUGAGCUUUUGAUCCCACCUGUGAUGGUCACGGCAGACAACGUGUUAAAAGCAAUAGAUGUGUACAAUGUAACUAAUAUAACAUUCCCUAUCAAUGUUAUCAAAAUGGACACUGAAACAAGCAAGAAUACAAGAAUGUAAAAAUAUGCAAUUACACAUAAAAUAUUAAAAUGGACAUAGUUAUGUUACAUUGCAGGGCCUAAGGAUUUCAUACGCAUAGGGUUGAGUUGUGCCAAAAUAUUAAGGUGAAUACUACUUUUAUAAUUAUAAUUCCUUACCUACCUGUAUACUAUCUCAAAAUAAAUCUCAGAUAAAUAUCCCAUAUUUAACCAACAAUUUUUCAUGUGUGUAUAAUGUUAUUUAAGAAUUUCUCUCUUACUAAUAAGAGAUCAAUACCUAAUCUCUAAAAUAAUAAUAUUUGAACUAAAAUAUAUUUAUUUUUAUAAUCUGACAGGUGUUUUUGACAAUUAACCUGUAAAUACUCUUAUUAUUAAGGGGGGAAAUAUUGAAAAAAAUGGACUGAAUGUAAAAUUAAUAUAAUUGUAUAAAUAUGUAUAAUGCAUGCAUAUAUUUUGUAAUAGAAUGUAGUUCACUGUUGCAACAUUCCUAUGCUAUCGUUUUGCCGUUUUGUGUUCUAAGAUUAAUUAUUUUAAUCACAAUUCUGUUACAUUCACUAUGCAUAUGCCAAUUCUGUUUCAAAGCAUGUUUUUAAAAGUUGAAUAAAAUAUUUUGUAUAAAAGCAUAGCACCU